CUUAAUAAGAAACAAAUGGGGAAGAAGAAAAACCGCAUCGUCGAGUUGCGUUGUAUCGCGUCCGUGUCCCGUGAGAGAAGCCGAUGUCGCUGCGGGGAGCAACGCGGGGGAGGCAACUCCCGGCAUAGCAUAAAGGUGACUCCUCGCAGCCAAGAUCUCCCAUAUGCUACUUAGCGUUCGGUUCGGCAAACCUCCUGUCCGCCUCUUCCUCCGCUAAGAAGCGUUUGUCACAGACUUAACGCAGAUUCGGUCGAUGUUACACGCUGUCAUCGGGCUAUUAUUCGAGGCGAGUCUGCAGAGACUACCAUCGUUGGCAGUCGUCGUCGCGUGUUGCGAGCCUACUUUCGGAACUGUUUUCCACGUAGGAGAAUGAUAUCGAGUGACGUUCGAUUUUCCCUUUUGGCCAUACUCUUUCUAUCGUGUACUUUCAACGUGCACGCACAUCCAAGUCGCUUUUCCGACGAUGAUAAUACCAGCGUGGAAGAAUUUGUCAAUCCGUGGUCGUUGGAUGACUUGAGCGAAGGGAGUGAGCACGACGCUAAUCGGGACGAGGCUUUAGAAAAACUGCAACAGGUUCUUGGUAUUCGCAGUCACGGUGAGAAAACAGGACAUCGUAAAGUGCCGCCGCAAUUUAUGGUGGAACUGUAUAAUAACGUAGCCGAUGCCAGCGGUGUAACGCGAGGUAAAAAUCCAUACAAUGCCAAGGUUGUUCGCAGCUUCAUCGAAAGAGAUACCACCAUAUCGCGAUUAUACUUCUUCAAUAUCACGGGUCUAGAAGUGAAUGAAUCGGUUUUGGAGGCGGAGCUCCAUCUUUAUCGAAAAAGAACACCUUUGAAAAUUACGCAUCCAUCCAUUUUAGCCUCUCCUUACUACUUAAUAUUCAAUGUGAAACACGCUGUUCUUGCCUGGUUGGCCGGGAAACCGAAUCUUGGACUUUUGGUAACCGCUUCUACUGUAUUCGAGGAUCAAGUGAUGGUGGAGUUUUCACGACGGAACGAGUAUCAUCAUAGUAAACAACCCAUUUUAGUAUUGUUCGACGACGACGGGAAAGGACACCGAGACGAUCGUAACAACAACGAGAUUGAAGGAACAUCGCACGAAGACGAAGACGAAAAUGACUUGAAGAACGACUACAGUGAUAAAACACUCGAGAAACAUGAUCGGGGAAAAGGUCAGCCGGAAGAGACUCGAUGGGAGAAUGAGAAUAAAUCUGAAUUCUUUCAAAGACAGAAGAGAACACAAAUAGUAGGGCAUGACGUAGUGACUGAAGCAGUUCGAGGUACUCGAGAUCUUGCAGAAGAAUCGUCCAGGCGACAUCGAAGAGAAGCCAUUUUCUAUCCGAGAAACGUUUUAACGUCGAUGGAGGUAUACCAGCGAGCGAUGCGCCGCGAAAGAAUAGGAGAAAGAGUUCGUCAGAAGUCGGUAUCGAACGAAAAAUCUCGUGAGAAACGAUUGGCUAGAAGUCAUGCGUCUGUUCAACAAAAUGUCACCGAAUGUACGAGGCACGAACUCUACGUCGAUUUUAAAGAAAUCGGCCUUUCUUCUUCUAUCAUCGCUCCGCCUGGUUAUUCCGCCUAUCAUUGCAAAGGUAUCUGCGAAUCACCGUUGAGUCAAGAUCAACAACCGACAAAUCACGCGACUAUUCAGGGAAUCGUUCAUAAAAUGGGAUUGGUGAAAGGAGUCGAGAGACCUUGCUGCGUACCAACGAAACUAUUGGGCACAACCAUUCUGUUUUUCGAUGACAACGAAAACGUGGUCCUAAAAGUUUAUCAAGACAUGAUCGCUGAUCGUUGCGGAUGUCAUCGAUAAUUAUGAAGUCAGCGGAGAUUUGCAGAGGAUCGUACAUGAGAAAGCGAUUUUGGGUUUACUAUAUCCAUCCUGGAUAAACGGUCAGUUAGUACGAGGUAAACGAAACGAACAGGUCGAAGAUGAAGCGACGCCUACGAGGCACGCGAAACAUCGGAAACGACGUCGUUAUAGAAACCGAUCGACGUAUCUUCGAAAUAUUUCUGCGACCAGGCUGUCUCUUUUGUCGGACAACGACACGGUAGCAGUAGAUCAAAAUUCCAAAGAAAUCAAAGAUGAUCCUGACAGAAACAGUAGGAUUCUAGGGGCCGAAGAAGAAUCACGGGAUCGAUUGGGGGAUUCGUGUAACAAUACCAACGUGGAGAAUUACGAUGUAAUUGACGAGGAGGAGAGCAAAAUCGAUUCAAAGGAAAGAAGUUUUAUUACAACGGAGGGAAAUAACAGCUCCGUGAAUUACAAUGUUGACGAACGAUCUACUUCUGCAGAAAUUGAGUUUGAAAAUGUUGACGAACUUACCAGGAAAGGAGGUCGAUCCAAAAAGCAUUCAUUCGAGAGUACAGAUUAUCUUGACGAAUCGCAUUCUUCGGAUAUUUACUCGGCCAUCGACGAUCGAGUUAUGUUCCACGAAAGCUUAAGUGUUUUAGUGAGCAAAUUGUUUCAAAAUCUGCGGAACGCUUCUACAGCGGACGGACAAGAGAUCUUCAAGGAGUUGAAUUUUGUAAAUGCGACGAACGAAGAUCCUUGCCAGAAGUGGUUAAACAGCAAGGAUAAACUUGAGCAAGUUUUCUUAGGUACGAACUCGACAUUCAUAGUGUUCGAACUACUUGGUGCUUGGUUUCUCGAACUCACCGUUACAGGUGGUCUAACGUCGUUACCUGCCUGUCCGUGCCUGUACCCGAGAAAUAUCUUUUAUGACGACAAAAUUUGGGAUGAGAAGCGAAUGAAGUAUUUCAGGUGGAGAGACGUAAGUGGUAGUUCUCAAAGGCUUGACGUCUACAAGCCUGGAGCUACUUACUGCGUGCGCUCGUUGCUGACACAAGGAAGCGGAAGCGCCGCAGCUCAACAUUGUUGCUAUGACCAUCGAAGGAAACUCUUGACCCGUGGUUCCGGUGCUGGUACCCCGUAUUUUGUCAGUCCCGAGAUAUCACCUAUUAUACACGAGAGGAUUGACGUGUUGCCCUGGAGACUCUGCAAGGGUGAUUUCUCCAGAUACAAUGGUGUAAGGCCGCCAAACAAUGAUAACGCCUGCGAGGCGAAUCCCGACGACGAGGAGUAUCAACGACAGAUCGACAAUACUAAGUAUUAUUAA